GCUUCUCCUGCGUUCAGUGAGGUGCGAUUAGAAUUUCACUUCUAAGAUACAACUUAUCCGUUUAUACCAGGCCAACAAUGAAUUAGUCUGGAUCGAAACCAUUAGAGUAAUCAACGACUGGUUCGAUCAGCUCGACAGUAUCCAAUGCACUGAGAUGUCUGCUUACGGUAGCACCUCUUCAGACCUCGCUAUCGAAGUGGUACCAGCCAUGACGCAGGCUACCCUCCUCAUUACUUCUGCUGCUGGUUUUGGGAGGCGAGUUUCUUGGGAUGAUGACUCUUCUGUAGCGCCUGCUGCCGGUUAUGCUCUCACUUUUCGUUCGGCUGUGAUAACGGCAGUCGAGAACGUUUUGUUCAGGAUUCUCACCCCAGAAUGGUUCUCUACCUUGUCGUCUGUUGUAACAGUGCCUUAUUUGUCCGCACGCAUUCAAGAAACUGGGCAGGCCUUCGAGGAGCUGGGACGUCACAUGUUAGAACUUGUCUCGUCGGCUCGCGCAUCUGUUGUGGAAGAAAAGUCAGCAACCUCAGGUGCUGCUCUAUUGAAUAAUCUUGUGAAAGCAAACAUGUCGCCGGAGGGUGGCAGCAAAUGUUUGUCUGAUAGCGAGCUUCUUUCUAAUAUAUUUGGCUUUCUCCUCGCUGGACAUGAAACAUCCGCUCAUACUUUGGGAUUUGCCAUCAGUCUACUGGCGUUGCAUCCAGAAGCACAAGGCAAGAUAUACGAAGAGGUGCACAGGCUUUGGCCAGAAGGAGGUCCUACAGUUGGUUCUACUUCAUCCUACAAACAAGAUUUCACCCAGCUGCCAUAUACUUUGGCAUUCUUCCGUGAAACACUCCGAUUGUUCCCUGCAGUACCACGAUUAGCAAAAAAUGUGCAUACCGACGCUGUGCUCCCUGCACAAUGUUUUACUGUGGGUGCGAAGGGCUCCCUGACUCCUGGCAAGCCGUUUUCAGUGGCAGUGCCAGCUGGUAGUGUUGUGAUCGUGGAUAUAUGGGCCUUACAUAUGAAUCCAUUAUAUUGGGGCGACGAUGUCGAGGACUUCAAGCCUGCGCGAUUCAUUGACUCGGAUACAUAUCGCUGGCCACGGGAUGCCUUCUUGUCGUUCUCGGCUGGCCCUCGUGGAUGCAUCGGCCAAAGAUUCGCUCUCACAGAAAGCGUUUGCAUCCUCGCCAGCCUGGUUCGUCGAUACGAGGUGCUUUUACCAGAGAAUAUGAUGCAUAAACCGUUCGAUGAGCAAAGGGAAACGAUGCUGAAGUGGGCACCUGGCGUCACAUUAAUUCCAACCAAUGCCAACAUCAGACUUCGCCGGAGAACAUAAUAUAACGAGUUAUUGAUCUAAUAAAACCCUGUGCAGGCGUGUACGCGUCGAAAGAAAGCAACAGUGAAAACAGAGAUUAGUCGAUGCAUGGCGGGAUCAAACUUGAUACAUAGUUCCUACAGCGCCGUCGAGUCCCAUGUUAGCUCUGAGG